AUGAAAUAGAAUAAGCAAUUUUCACUACAUACUUUAGAAUAUUGUAAAUCUGUUUAGAAUAAAUAUUAAUCAGCUUAAACACCUGCUACACUUAAGAGCGUUCAAUAUAAAUGUUAGAUUAUCAAUAACAUACUAAAAACUACCUUAACUUAAACUUUUGUUAGCUAUUCUUCAAGCGAGAAUUCUGAAACUAUUUACUAUUUCCCAAUAAUUAAUGGUACUUGCUUAGAAUUGUUUGAAGCUAAAUACAAUGAUAAAACAAUAAAAGGAAUUAUUAAGGAGAAAUCUGUGGCUAAAAAAGAAUAUCAAGAAAAUAAAAACCAAGGGAACUUUGUUUCCUAUGCUAAAACUUCUACUGAAGACGAUUAACUAUUUUGUGAAAUUCUUUUAGGAAAUUUACCUCCUAAUUAAUAAGUUGAAAUUCAUCUGAUAUUUUCUUAGUAGCUCUCGAGCAUAUUAAAUAAAUACUUUGUUGCUACAAUUCCACUUUAAUAUUGCGAAGAUAAUAUUUCAGCUAAAUUAGGAAUAAAUUUACUAACAUUAGACUUAUUCUGCACUGGAAAAAUUACUUAUGCUGAAUCUAGAGGAUAGAAAACUGAGAAAGUUAUAGUUGAUGAUAAUACAGUCAAGUUUAAUCUAUCUCAAGCCCUUAACCAAAAAGGAAACGAACUUUAAUUUGUUUUCUCUUUUGAAGGUAUGUUUGAACCUUAAAUUAUUUUUGGAUCAAGUAGAAUUUUCCAUGAAGACUAUGUAAAAAGAGCAAUUCUUCCUGUGAGCAAUUCUGUAAUGGUUUCAUUUAUUCCUAAUUUUAAUGAAGAAAUAACCAAAGAAGUAGAUGAUGCAGUUAAAGCAGCUCUAAAUAAAGGAGAAGAUGUCAUUUGCGAAGAAUUCUAGUAAAAAAUAUCCUCAGAGUUAGUAGAUCAUUUGAAUUCCUCAAAAAGUGAAUUUAUUUUCUUAUUAGAUAGGAGCGGAUCUAUGAGUGGAUAGUCUAUUAAGCAAGCAUGUGAGGCUCUUGUUUUAUUCUUAUAGAGUCUUCCAAUUGACAGUUACUUUAAUGUUGUCAGUUUUGGUAGUUCAUUCGAAAAGCUUUUUCCAUCCUCAUAAAAAUAUAAUAGCUAAAAUCUUGAAUAAGCUGUUCAAAUUAUUAAUCAAUAUUCAGCUAAUUUAGGUGGUACAGAAAUUUAUUAACCUUUACAUAAUGUUUUUAAUGAAAAAAAAAUUGAAGGAUACAACAAAUAAAUAUUUUUAUUGACAGAUGGCCAGGUUGAUAAUCCAAAAUAAGUUGUAAAUUUGAUAAAAAAAAAUAAUAAAUUUAGCAGAAUCCACUCUAUUGGUUUUGGAAAUGAUGCAGAUAAAUAAUUAAUUUAAGAAACUGCUGUCUAUGGUAAAGGUAUUUCUAAGAUUGUAAAUUAGAAUUGUGAUUUGCAAGAAGUUGUUAUAGAAAUGCUUUCUCUUAGCAUAACUCCUACACUUGAUCAAUUUAAAAUGAUUUAUGAUUAAAAUAUUUUUGAAUCUACUUAUCCCUCAAGCACUAAUUUCCCUUGUAUUUUUAAAGAUGAAAUUAUAAAUAUUCAUCUCUUUUUCAAGCCUCUAGUAUAGAUUUCAGAGCUAACUUAGGAAUAAAAAUAAAUAGAAAUAGAGUAUUACGAUUCCUGCCAAAAGCAAAAAGUAUAAAAGAAACUAAUAAUGUAAAUGUAGGACAGUUUUUCUUGCAAUUCUGAACUUCAGUAAUCUGUUUUUAAAAUAGGAAAAUAAUUAUAAUUAAAUGAAAUGAUAGAGGAAUAGGAAUAAGAAUAUAAUGAUAAAAUACUAUAGCAAUCAAUCGAUUAUUAGCUUCUUACAUAAAAUACAGCUUUAAUUUGUGUUAUUGAGACCUUAAAUGAUGAAUAGAAAGUUAUAUUUGAAAAUCUAAAACAUAGCCCAUUUCAUUAAUAGCUUAAUUAGAUUUAAUCAAUUGAAAAAGAAUCAAUGCAAAUUCAAUAAAAUAUUGCUUAUAAUUAUUAAUCUUCAAGCUAUGCAGCCGCAGCUACCCCAGCCUAGAAAUCUUAAUAUAAAUUAGAAGUAGAGGAAGAUGAUUUUGAAGGAGAUGAUUUAUUUGGAUGCGAUUUUGGUAUUGUAGGCUCUUAUAGUUCUUCAAACUAUUCAAUUAAUCAAUCGAGUUAGCAACAGUAAGUUUUAGAAAAUGAAAGUAAUUUUAGUUAAAUAAAAAACCAAAGUAAUUAAAAUAUCUAAGAUUUAAUAAAAAAUUCUAAACCUAACUUGCAAAAUUUACUUAAUUUAGUUGAUUCAGAGGGAGUAUGGAAGUAUGAUGAUAUUUUAAUCAAAUAGUGUUGUAGUAAAAUUGACUCAGCUUAAAUCAAAAAAUACUGCUCCAAUUUUAUUACUCAAAAUGCAUUUAUGACUCUACUAGUUAUAAUUUUCUUAGAGAUAGAAUACAGCUAAUAAAAGAAUAAAUGGAAACUAAUAUCAAAAAAAUCCAAUAACUUCAUUUAAUCAUAAAUCAAAGCAGGAAUUGAUUUGAAUUCUUUAAAAGAAACAAUUAAAAAAUUAAUUAUCAGUUGA